GCUAAUGGGGUCAGUUUUGUUUCCCCGGAUCCGCCAUUUCAUUUUUUGAAGUUACUUGUGGCAAGUUACAAGGUUUUAUUCAAAAUUGUAUUGUUUUACAACUGGGUUGGGUGAGUUAUAAUCGACAUAUCAUUUCAUUCAGGCGGUCAGACACGUUUUGUUCGAGGACCGGCUUGUGGAUUUUAAAUUGAUGGGCAUAUGCAAGUUGCGAAUGUCGCCUAUUUUCCAAACGUGUUCUCCGCGCUAAAGUUUUUGUAUGAGUUGAAUGCUGUUUGAGGAUAAGGGGAGGAAAAGGGAAGGCCCGUGAAGCCUCGACUUUGGAGUGGGAGUCAUGGCCGGAAAUUUUGACGCAGAGGACCGUGCAAGUUGGUACUGGGGUAGAUUAAGUAGACAGGAGGCAGUUUCACUUUUACAAGGACAGAGACACGGAGUGUUUUUGGUGAGAGACUCAAUUACAAGUCCAGGCGACUACGUGCUGUCAGUUUCAGAGAAUUCCAAAGUCUCGCAUUACAUAAUCAACAGCAUCAGCAACAACCGGCAGUCUGGCGCAGGCCAGGCGCCUCCACAGUUCCGCAUAGGGGACCAGGAGUUUGACGCCCUCCACUCGCUGCUGGAGUUCUACAAGAUCCACUACCUGGACACCACCACUCUGAUAGAGCCCAUCAACAAGGCCAAACACUCUUUCUUGGUCAGCGCAGGUGCUGGCGGCCCGCCGCAGCGGCUGGAGAACGAGUAUGUCCGUGCCGUCUUUGAUUUCCCAGGCAACGACGACGAGGACCUUCCUUUCAGAAAGGGCGACAUCCUGCGGGUCCUGGAGAGGCCUGAGGAGCAGUGGUGGAAUGCUCAGAAUUUAGAGGGGCGUGCCGGGAUGAUCCCUGUGCCCUACGUGGAGAAGUACCGACCGGCCUCUCCCACCUCGGGGGGCCCUGGAGCAGGGGGUCCCGGUGGGGUGGGCUGUGUAGAUGGCUCCAGUGUUCAGGGCCCUCCUCUGCUAGACCCGAGCCAGUACGCCCAGCCCACACCUCUGCCCAACCUGCAGAACGGACCCGUCUUUGCCAGGGCCAUCCAGAAGAGGGUGCCCAAUGCCUAUGACAAGACCGCCCUUGCCUUAGAGGUGGGCGACAUGGUGAAGGUGACAAAGAUCAACGUGAACGGCCAGUGGGAGGGCGAGUGCAAAGGCAAGCGCGGCCACUUCCCCUUCACCCACGUUAAGCUGCUGGACCAUAAUAACCCAGAGGACGAGGUGAGCUGAGAGUGGACACUGGGCUCCUUGGGCUCCUCCCAUCCCUUACCCUGCUCUUAAAUACACACACUCACUCCCUCUCCUGCCACCAUCGCCCCUGUGCCAAUCAGCAGCCUCCUCAUGGCCACUUCCUGUUCCUCAGUUGGUCCCGUUAAGAUAAUCAUUACGCUGUGUCAUCUUCACUCACAACACCAGUAUUUAUACCACUUCAGCACCAUGGCCAGCUCUAUCAAAACACCCACAUAUACCCCUUCUAAAGAAAGACUCAGGCCUUGUCUGAUGGGGAUGAGGACAGUGACUAUGUGUUACCAAGAGGAAGAGGGGGAGUGUGUGGACAGCUAUUCAGGGAGAGGGAAAGCAGGGUAGAAAUGCUCUCUUGGACUGGAAUCGUAUACACAGACCCACGGAGAAACACUUUCUCUGACUGUCAAGGAGAGCCGUUAGGUUAACACUACAUUGUACCCAAAACUAUCAUCCUCGCUACAAAUCCACGACCAAGUAACUAGUAGUCUUUUGUAAGAAAGAAAAAAAGAACAUAUCAUUAUGAAAUUGUUGAUGACCAUUACAUGCUAAAAUCGUGUUUUUUGGGGGGGGUUUUCUGCGUUGUUUUUCUGAGAAGUAACAUUGCCAGUCCACCACUAUUACGGAGAUCUCAUCAAAUGUGUCAGCUAUGUUGUCUGCUUAUGGUAUUGUCAGGCGCUAAAUCUCUUAUUUGUUUGUCUGUCCUACAUUGCUUGUCUGUGUUUUUUAAAGUCUUUGUCUGCUCCACUCCCACUCUGAAUCACUGAAACAACAUUUUUUUAAAUAUAUUUUUUACACUGUUAACUUUUCACCUUGUUCUUAACAGUGGAGAUGCCUUUUUGUGUAUGAUCAGCCAGGGUCGCGCAUAUGUUCUGCCAUACCAUAUAAUAGCAUAGCCAAAGAUAGACUGUUAAAACAACAUGUUCAUAUGAGUUAAUGCUCAAUAUUAGUAUGACUUGGCUUUCUCCUUGCAAGAUUCAAAACUGAUUACGGUAGCAUCUACUUGUCCUCCUGUACACGUUGGUUACGAGGUCAAGGCAGGUCAUUGACACGGACUGUUCUCACUUUUCUGUUCUAGAUUCCAGUCAUCCACUAUAUUUUGAGAAUUGAUGUCUGUCCGUAUUAAUUAGUGUAAUAGAGCGAGCAAAAAAACACUUAAUUUGCGUGUAUCCACAAACCACCAUACUAUUGUUAAGAUUGUCAACUUUUGAGUAGGUGUUCUCUGUUGAUAAGAGAUCACAGUUAAUUCCACCUGUUGACACAUGACAAUCUUUCCGUCUCUAUGUAGAAAUAGGACAACGUUUGCACCCUGGCACAGCAUCACAAAUGUUAGAUGCAAAGGAGUUUACUGUGCACAGCAGAUGAGUAUCUCUGGUCCACUAUGAAUUACACCUAUAUCUGACCGUUCUUACACUUUGCACCCCACUGAAUGUGCCCCUGAUAUUCACAUGGAUAACUUCACCUCCUUGAGUGCUUUCCCACAGAUUUAGGGGGAGGUGAAUUGAGAAGUGGAUGACCUUGUCCUCUGUAGCACUGGCCACUAGGGUGCACUGCAACAGCAUUAGGCAGAGAGGUUCUGGGAGAACCUAAGUGCUAGGCUGCCUCUGAGCCUUAGCCCGUGUUGAUCAAUACAGUAGUCUGUGUUGAGGUUGCUAUAGGUGAAAUGUGUUUUGGUUUUUUCAGAAUGCACUUCAAGCCAUUUUUUUUUUUUUACAAUUACUUAUCAAGUCUGACCCCUCCCUUUUCUUGCCUUUAUUGUGCCAAUAUGUAAUUUCUGCUGUGUUCAUUGUCUGUGGCUUUUAAAAAUAUAUAAUGAAGGUAAUUUAGCCCCCCAAAAAGCAGCUGUGAAAAAUCUAAAAGCAUUAUCAGGGUGUGAAGUGUACAGAAAUGAUUAUGGUAAUACGAGUUAAACUCCAAUGAUGUAGUACCUCGUCAAAAAUACACUGCAUAGUCCAGAUUAAUAGAAUAUAUAACCUUUUAACGAUUGGAUUGUCCGUGAACAAAAGGGGUUUUCCCAUUGCCCACAAACUGGUACCAUUUCUCUGUGUAAUUGUUGUUUUGCCAAUUAAUGCCACAACCUAUGUUUAUGGGCAGGGUUGGGUAGGUUACUUUCUAGAUGUUACUAGUUACCUGUCAAAUUGUAGUCAGUAAUAUCUUUUGGAUGACUCAAACUCAGUAACAUGAUCUGAUUACUUUGUUACUUUUUUGAGUACUUUCCCAUUUAUAAGCAUUAGAAGCAGAUAAAAAGGAACCAUCGAAUGCAUUUGGUGUGUCGUCAUAAUGGUCUCUAACUUGUGGUCAAACUCACUCAGGUGGAACAACUGUAAACUUGCGCCUUUUUUCAAUGCUGAUUUUAAUGUCAUUGAGAAAACAGAAAGGUGUCAUUUUUUUUUCUUUUUUUUUUUCGCCAACACCCUUUCUGAAUUUCAAAGUAAUCCACGAAGCAAUCUAGUUUUUCAAGACUAUUUGUAAGAUGGUUACAAUAUUUUUGCUGGUAAUGUAAGUGAUUACAGUUAGUUCCUUUUGUAAUCAGCUACUCCAGUAUUAACAUUUGUUCAAUCAUGUCUGCAUUUUCCAUUCAUUUUCUCAGUGCAUGCCUGUUGCUUAUGUAAUCUGCUCUUAUUUUAAUGCCAAUAAAUAUUCUAAAGUAUUGUAUUUUUGUAACCCUGUGUAAGUCAUUACCUUUCAUAAUGGGGCUUGGUUGGCAACCGCGAAUGGAAAUUGUGAUAUCAAAAUGUGCCAUUGUAUUAUAACACUAUAUAUUAUUUUAAGACAAUUGAAAUGACCUUUUUAUUUUCUGUAGCAUGUAAUGUGUUAAGAUAUACAUAGUAAAUAAAGUCAAAGGAUUGGCAAAUGAAAAUACUGUACCCUAGCAAUCUUGUUGAUUGUCAUAAAUUGAUGAGAUCAAACUGCA